AUGACAUCGUACGCAAUACCAAGUGCCCACACCACAGAUACCAAAAUCACAUUCAUUCCCGUCUUUACAAGUGAACGGCUUGUAUCCUUGGACGAUGACUUCAGUUCUGAUGACGAGGAACAGUCCAUUUUCCAGACUACCAAGAAAAAGGCCGACCACCGAUUCGAGGCCCAACAGGAUUCAGAAAGUGAUGCUCUGGAUGCCGAGGACGAACCUGAGUCCGUAUCCAAAACAGAAAGUGGACCAAAACCAAAGCUAGAUGAAACCUCCGCAAUGGUCGAGGAGCAACAUAGUCGGGCCAACAAGCUCAAACGCCUUACACCUGAACAGCUUGCCAAAGAACAAAAGAAAAUCAAGCGCACGGGUGUGUGCUACUUAUCGUCAAUUCCGCCAUACAUGAAACCAGUCAAGUUGCGGUCUGUCUUGAGCAAAUUUGGCAAGUUGGACCGUAUUUUCUUGAAGCCCGAGGACCCCACAUCAUAUCAUAGAAGAGUCAAAUAUGGUGGCAACAAGAAAAAGCGGUUCACCGAAGGCUGGGUUGAGUUUACUAAGAAAACCGACGCCAAGUUAUGCGCGGAGACCAUGAACGGGAACAUUUUGGGAGGAAAAAAGUCCUCGUACUAUCACGACGACAUCAUCAACAUCAAGUAUCUCCCUGGAUUCAAGUGGUUUGACUUGACCCAGCAGAUUUCGAAGGAGAACGAAAUCAGACAGGCCAAAUUGGCAUUGGAGAUCUCGCAACAGGCCAAACUCGACAAGAGUUUCGUCAACAAUGUCGAGAGAUCCAAGCACUAUGAGCGCAAGAGAAAAGCUCAGGGUGACGAUGUGGAGGAGCCCAAAUUCAAGCGUGACUUUAGCCAGCAUGCUAUUGCCAGUACCCGGGCAGAUGCGAAGCAAAAGUUCAAGAAAGAGAAGAACUCGGACAAUCUUGAGAGCGUGCUCUCGAAGGUCUUCUAA